GCCAGCAACAGGUAGGCGUUUGCAUACCUUUGCGCAUGGGAUUCCCGCGGGGAGAGGCGGAAGUGGACGGCUCCUCAACCUGUUCGCCUACUGAAGCCGCUCAGUUCUUUUAGGCUUGUUCCUGCGUGUGAUUUGACCAGUGAUGUCGAGGACAGUGCUGGAGUGAAACCAGCGUCUCAGUGUCCGAUCGUCACGCCUGGACUGGAGCGGAGCGAGUCUCUCACAGCUCACCAUGUUCUUCAAAGAGCGCGAGGAUGAGUUGGAGCUGCGGGUGAGGAGCAAGGAGAGCAUGGAUAAUGGCAGAGAGGCCUUGCUACCAGCAACGAGCACCUCUAAUAAGCCUGUGGUUCGAUCAUUUGACUGCAUCCUGGUCGCACAUAUAAUUGAAGAUGAGGGAGAUCAGAAAUUCAAGAAGCAGGAGGCCUACAUCAACAUGCUGAAAUCAAAGAACCUAAAAGUGUCGCAAAUCAUCCACGAAAACAAGGUAUUCUAUGGUGUCCGUGCCCCUGAGGAGAUCUUUGAGAAGUAUAAGUAUCUGCUGAAGGUGUCUGAUUCUUGUAACUGGGUCUCCAAACAGAAAGACUGUGUCCCAGAUACCAUCAGAAUCAGGAUUGUCCAUUUCAUCUUGCACCACACAUUCAUUGGGACAGGAGAGGGCCUGAGGGAUCUUGUGAGGCAAGAUGUAUUUGAAACCUUGUUUUGUCUCCAUGAGAAGAGGCAGCAGAAAUAUCUGAAGAAAAGGUGGGCAAACUGGGGGGCUUUAAGACAUGUCAUUAACCAACCUGUCAACGAUAUCAGGGAGUAUUUUGGUGAGAAGGUGGCGUUAUAUUUUCUGUGGCUGGGCUGGUACACACGCCUGCUGAUCCCUGCAGCACUCAUCGGCGUGAUUGUGUUUCUUUAUGGCUUGGCCUUCUUCAAUACAAACCCCCUCAUAAAGGAAGUCUGCGAGUCCAACGUCACAAUGUGCCCAAGAUGUUACAAACAUUGUCAGAUGUGGAAACUGUCUGACACUUGUGCUUACGCCAAGGUGAGCCAUCUGUUUGACAAUGAAGGAACUGUGGCCUUUGCGAUGUUCAUGGCUGUUUGGGCCACGCUGUUCCUGGAGCUGUGGAAGAGGCAUCGAUCCUUACACGUCUCAAAGUGGAACGUUUUUGACUGGAAUGAGGAUGAGGAGGAACUGAUCCUGGAGAUUAUAAACGACCCACACUGUAAACCCAAAGACUUUAAUCACUCAUACUUGCACAACAUUGUUGUUCUACUUCUGGUCACACUGGUGCUGGUGGUGAUCAUAGGCCUGACCCAUGCUCUGGUCAUCUGCCGGCUUGUGUCUACAAUGCUUCUGUCAGAGUGCUCCUGGGAGUUCCUACAAGAAAAUGCCAGUGUUUUAGCAAUGAUACUAGGGGCAGUUCUGCACUACUUCACCAUACUGAUCAUGACUAAGGUGAACAGGUUUGUGGCCUUGAAGCUGUGUUCUAUUGAAAAGACUCGCUCGUUUGCAGCCACUGAGAGGAGCUUCACAGUGAAGAUGUUCACCUUCCAGUUUUUCACUCUCUUCUCCUCUCUUAUCUAUGUGGCGUUCUUCCUGGGCAGGAUUAAUGGCUACCCAGGAAACUAUGUGAAAAUAGCAGAUAAAUGGAGACUGGAGGAGUGCCACCCCAGCGGCUGCCUUACUGACCUCUUCAUCCAAAUGGCCAUCAUUCUGGCCCUCAAACAAACCCUCAGCAACAUUUUUGAGUUCGCUGGGCCUUGGCUUAAGCUUUGUGUGAAGCGAACAGCAUUUAAUAAGCAGCUCAGGAAGUGCGGGAACUGUUACCGGAAGGCGUGUCGAGAGGACGGUGCUGAAAUCGAGCCAUGUGACAUCUGCAAUCUCCGUGAUUGGCUGAGGAACUACCAUCUCAAUACUGUUAAUGCCUUCAGCCUGUUUAAUGAAUUCCUGGAAAUGGUGAUACAGUUCAGUUUCACCACCAUCUUUGUGGCCGCUUUUCCCCUGGCUCCAUUACUGGCAUUGAUUAACAACAUAUUUGAGAUCCGACUAGAUGCCAUCAAGAUGCUGCGUCUGGAGCGACGUCUAGUGCCAAAGAAAACUAAUGAUAUUGGUGUGUGGACCAAAAUAUUAGAGGCGAUUGGGGUGAUGGCCGUCAUUGCUAAUGGACUAGUGAUCGGCAUCUCUUCUGAAUUUGUCCCCCGCCUGGUUUACCGCUACCGUUACGGACCAUGUGCCUAUGGGUCAUCCACUGACCUGCAGUGUAUGGCUGGCUACAUUAACUACACCCUCAGCACUGCAUAUAUGUCAGAUGAAAAAGUGCGGCAAGACUUCGAAGAUCAGAUGACGUUAAAUGGGUUCAAUGUCACUCAGUGCAGCUACAAGGACUACCGCAGUGAGGAGGACCACAGUUACACCUCACAGUACUGGCUCAUACUGGCUGCCCGGUUUGCCUUUGUUAUCUUGUUUGAGCAUGUUGUGGUGAUAUGCAAGUUCAUCGUUGCCUGGUUUGUGCCUGAUAACCCCAUCCGAGUGAAGAACGUCAGGCUACAUGAUAAACUGCGCAGGCUGAAAGAGGAACUGUGGGAAAUGAGUGCGAGAUAUGACAGCAGGUCCACAGAUGUUUAAUCAAUGAAGGACUAAUUUGACAGCUCUCAAACUCAAGCAUGGACUGUAUAUACACAGAGACUGGGUGUGUCCAGACAAGUGAUGGGGCGAUGAGAGAAGUGAAUUUAAGCCAUAAAUUACAGCUUGACUGGACGUUGGAACGUUUUGGCCAUGUUUUGUCAUUUCUAUUCGUAUAUUGACUUGUUUUACAUUUGAACUUUUACAGUGUGGUUUAAAAAAAAUUUCAGAUCCUUUUAAGACAUUUUAAAAUUAUUAUUAUUUUAAGGCCACAGUGAAGGUUGGCUUUUUUUCUUCUUUUCGCUGGACACUCAAUAAUGAACUUUAGGUGCAGUAAUUUGGAGUUUAAAGGGGAGCAGACGGGGCUACUGUGGCUGCUUCAUGUAUGCUUUGUGGCCUGCUAUGGCUUGCACAGUGAUUUGAUAGGUUUAUAGGAGAUAUUCACGUGUUUGUUUUCACUGCUCCUUGUGAAGCGAUGGUAUCUCAAGCUGAAGACUUCCAUUCUCUUUGAAUAAUCUUCCUCGUAUUUUGUUCCUGUAAGCAAGUGCAGACGCUUUGAUGUCUGUCAUUGCCUGCACAGUGGGAAGAUCACCUCUUCAUUCGAUGGACAGAUGCUAAGCUCGUCAACACUGGUAAAGUUGGUCUGGAACUAUUCCGUUGAGGAUGCUGUGCAUAUUGCCUCCACAUGGUGGCAGUAAGGCAGCAUUAAAGACUAAGAGACCAGCAAUGGAUUUCUUUUCUUCAUGCUUUGUGUAAUGUGCCAUGCUAGUGCCUUACUGGAUCUCAGCUCAGUUUGCCAUUUACAGUUUUACUUUUUACUCUGGAAGUGUCGUUUUAUUGUGCACACAUGAAGGGACAUUGAGCUUGUUUAAGUGGAAUUAAAUAACGGUUGUACUGUAUGGCUGUAUUACAAGAACUGUGAAAAUGUAAAAUCUUCUGUUCUGUUGCAUUGACAGGUUUCCAUGCAGACCUGCACAUAGCCUUGUUCUUACAAUGUUUUGGUUGUGAUUUACAAUCAGAUUUAAGGCAGUCUUUAUAGCUAUUCAUUUGAAAUAGUUCAUAAGAUUACUUAAAUCCUUUUAAAAAUUUUACAGAGAAAUCAUUUAAUAUAUGGUAUUUCAAGCGAUGAUAUCAUUUUCCUAUUAUAUAAUACUCUCAGCUAUACAUGCAGUAUACAUUCUUUUUUAUAUCUGCUUAUAAUACAGUGUGUAAAAGCAUUAUGUAAUGUGGAAAGGUAAAUCAGUAUGUAAAAGUUUGCUUGUUGCAUGGGAAUUUUGUCUUAAAGUCAACCUGAAAUCAAAACAGCUCCAUAGAAUCAAAAAGGGUUCUUUGAGCUGAAAAGCAAUUUGGUUUCCCCAAAGAGCCAUUCAGUGGAGGGUUUGGUAACACUUUACUGUAGGGCAACGUUCAUAAGGCUACAUAACAACCCUAUAAGCCUUUCAUGACAAUAUAGCCAUUUAAUAACGCUUUUUCCAAUGAGUGUCACUUGUUAUAACACUUGCUGAGGUGAAAUUGUCCUCUUGGAAUUAUGAGCUUCUAUCUGACAUUUUUGUCAAAAUUGAGUUAGUCAUAUAUUCUUAUUCUGUGACAACAUCUAAACAUUAUGUGAGGUGUUAUUUUUUUAAGUUGUAUACAUUUUUGGACUCAUUAUCUAGAAAACAAAAAAGGUCUUAAUUACAACAUAAACUAAUAAUUAAUAAUAAAUA